GUUGCUGGUGGAGGUGGGAACAGCAGUCCUUACCUUCGUCAUCAUGCCGUUCUUCGACAAUAUGACCAAUGUGAAGAUGUAGAACAGCGUCGUCCUCCUGUCCUCAGUCCUCAGGUGGGCGCCCAGUAUGUUGCCAGAGAACAGAAUAGAUUCAUAAUUCCCUCCAUCCUCUCUAUCGGCCUCAUUCUGAUAGGCUACCUGCUCUUCGCCCUGAGUUACCUGCUGGGAGAACAGCACAGAGAGAUGGGCCUCUGGGUUGGCCUGGCCAUCACUGGGACCCACUUUAUCUCUGUGAAUUGGUGGGAGAACUACAGCAGCCUCUAUAGAAGCUCCUUCCUGGACAGUAUCUCUGAGGACAUUGGGAGAUCCAGGAAUGUGGUAUGUAUUCUCUCCAGCCUGGUCCGACUCCUGGUCACUUCGGCUGUGGUGGGGGGCGUACGUCCCUCUGUCGGGGGGUGGGUUUGAUGCUGUCCACUGUGCACAUCUGGUUCUUCCAGAUCCAGUGCAUUGAGAGGACCCAGGACCUGUUUGUAUGGAAGAUCCACAAAGGGGCCUUUCUGGAACAGUCCAUGUUGCUCAACAUACAUUUUGAGAUUCAGAAGGACAGCAAACAAAAAAGGUAGGAUUGCUCCAGUUUCUGUGAAGUGUGAGAAAGUGUGUGUGUGUGUGUAUAUGUGUGGUGUGUGUGUUUAUAAUAAUGUAUUUCCUUAAUCACCAGGGAAACAGAUCCAGUUACAGUGUACCUGUAUGCAACACUGUGGCAUGAGACCUGUGACGAGAUGAUGAAAAUAAUCAUCCACAUUUUCAGGUAAAGUCUGGAAGCAAUAAUUUGUUCCCACAAAUGAUAGAAUGAUGAAUGACCUCUUUCUUUACCAGGCUGGACAAAUACAGGCCAAAGAAUAACCCCAGCAAUGAUGUGAGCUUUGAGUCUCACACCCUCUCCCCCGCCUUAUAUAGGUGACCUUCAUUUAUUUCAUCUUCAUUGCCAUGUGGCUUGUGACAAAGUUCUGGAACCUCGAUCUACAUCAGAAUCCCAAAUCUCCAUCUCAAUGUGUCCCAGACUGGGAACCAUAUCUACCUGGAUCCUAUAG